CCCUCUCAUUACUUCUCUCUGUCUAUCAACCUCUCUCUUUCUCUAUAUUUAGUGUGUGAUUAUUAAUAAAUGAAGGUAUAGAGAAGAAGAGAGUUAUCUCUCUAAUUCUAAUUAAAAGUAGAGAGAAAGAGUUGAAGGAAUGGCAAUGGAAGGUGAGCAAGAGCGGUCCCUUGAAGAUAUAUCUCCAUGAGAAAACAAAUAUAGAGAAAGUGGAAAAAGGAGAAGAAAAGGAAAAAAGAAGAGAAGAAAGAAGAGAGAGAGAGAAAAAAAAGCAUAUUGUUUUAUGAUGAUGGAGCUGUUGAUUCAGUAGCUUCCUUUUCAAAUGAACUUAGAAUAAUGGAUUCCCUCCAGCCAACCCUCCAACCACUUCUCCUCCUUCCUUCCUAUUUUUAGCCAUCAUUCCUCUUUCUCUUCUCCUUCUCUCUUCAUCUUCCUCUUCUUGUUGUUGAUCAUCAUCAUCAUCAUCAUCAAAUAUUUAAUGGAGAUUGGGGGAGAAGGUGAGUGCUCAGGGACAGCAGAUGAGCAGCAGAGGCAGCUAGUGAAGGCUGAGAUGGCAGUGCACCCUUUGUUUGAGCAGCUAGUUUCAGCUCAUGUGUCAUGUUUGCGUGUCGCCACACCUAUUGAUCAUUUGCCAAUCAUCGAUGCGCAGCUUGCUCAGUCUCAUCAUCUUCUUCGGUCUUAUGCAGCACAGCAUCGGCAUGUUCUAUCUCCUCAGGAUAAACAAGAGCUUGAUGCCUUCCUCCAGACACAGUAUUUGUUGCUGCUUUGCUCAUUUAAGGAUCAGCUUCAGCAGCAUGUGAGGGUGCAUGCAGUAGAGGCUGUCAUGUCAUGCAGAGAAAUUGAGCAAUCUUUCCAAGACCUCACUGGUGUAACCCUAGAUGAAGGAACAGGUGCAACAAUGUCAGAUGAUGAAGAUGAACUGCUGCAACUAGAGAGUCCCAUGGAUAUUGGCAUGGAUGGACAUGACAUGAUGGGGUUUGGACCUCUUCUUCCAACUGAGUCUGAGAGAUCUUUAAUGGAAAGAGUGAGGCAAGAACUGAAGAUUGAGUUAAAACAGGGUUUUAGGUCAAGGAUUGAAGAUGUUAGAGAGGAGAUACUCAGAAAGAGAAGAGCUGGGAAGUUGCCUGGUGACACUACUUCAGUUUUGAAGCAAUGGUGGCAACAACAUUCCAAAUGGCCUUAUCCUACUGAAGAUGAUAAAGCAAAGCUUGUAGAAGAGACUGGUUUGCAGCUGAAACAAAUUAACAAUUGGUUUAUUAACCAAAGAAAAAGGAAUUGGCACAACAACUCACAGUCAGCUACAACCUUGAAAUCCAAACGCAAGAGGUGAUGAUGGAGAAAAGGAUUUGUAUCACAAACAUUUUUUAGCUCAAAAUUAGUAACACAAGGCAGAAGCAAAGACAAUUUAAAGUUUAGGAUUAAUGACAAUGUGAAGACUUGAUACAGACUUUGUAUAGUAGCAUGAAUUUGUAGUAGAGUAAGUGAAUAAGUGAAAAUUGUGAUGGUUGUUGUGUAUCUAUGAUUGGAUUUUUAUACAUGAUGAAUGGAUUUUUUUUUUCCUCUAA